UCUUUGUUUUUUCCCAUCAAAUUCCGACAUAUGCUGCUCUCUCCUCUCCCAUUCAAAACAAACAAAUCUACGCCUACUCUCCUCUCGUCUCUGCGUUCCUCUCUCUCUCUCUCUCUCUCUCUCUCUCUCUCUCUCUCUCCAGAAAAUACGAAAUCAAAUCCCUCACCACCAUGCCCAACUCCGAUGGCCCCUUAUCAUCGCCGGACCGCCGUGGUUUCCGUACUCUUCUCCGUCUUCGGAACCCACCCACCCCCUCCGCAGAUCAAAACCCUCUGCUGAUAUCUUCCUCCCCUCGGCUUCCCAACAAGAAGAAGGCAUUUGCAUCUGCAGCCUUACGCAGCCUAAGCUGCUCCUCCUCCGCAGCGUCUCAGGCCUACGCGCCAUCCUCUGCCGCUGCUGCUGUUCGGUCGUCGGCGGAUUGGGAUGGCAAGGGCUCUCGGCGGAGGAGAACUAACAAGAAGAAGAAGGAUAGGUCUUCAGCCGCUGCCGAUGUGUGGUGUACCCCAGGGAUCUCAUUCGCGGGAGAUGAUUCUGUGGACUGCGUGGUCUCGCAGAGCGAGAUGGUGGGGAGAGGGGGCAGGGUUGAGGUGGAGAGGGCUCUAAGAGAGCGGACUUAUUAUGGGAGAAGAGUUGGAAACCGAGAAGCAAUUUCUUCCACAGCAGAUUCUAAAUCGUCUCCUCGGGCUUUGCUCUUUGAAGCCGAUCUUACACCAUCUGAGCACUUCCUUCGCAUGCGAGAGUAUUAUCACCAACCUCCUGUUGAACUUGAAGAGGUGGCAAUCCCACAUCCAUCUAUCAUGUUGUUGCACCAUAGACUCUUACUGCAAGGAGGGGAUGCUUAUGAUCUAUAUAAAGAUUGGCGGCUUGAUGUUGACGAUAUGACAUAUGAGGAAUUGCUUGAACUUGGUGAUAAGAUUGGGCAUGUCAGCACUGGCUUGAGAGAAGAAGAAAUUGAAUGCAACAUCAGAAAAGCGAAGCUCUCGAUAUUUGAUAAGCUUUUAUCCACUGAGAUGGAAAGAAAGUGCAGCAUCUGCCAGGAGGAAUAUGAAACGGACGAUGAAGUGGGAAAGCUGGGUUGUGGCCACAGCUACCAUAUAUAUUGCAUUAGAAAGUGGCUUCUACAGAAGAAUGCAUGCCCAGUCUGCAAGACUGCUGUCAGUAAAAUCUAAUUAUGCUUACAAAUCUAUUGUUCUUUUUAGAAUUGGUUGUGCACUGCUCAUAAUUUAUUCUGCUCCAUGUAUAGCUACUGUCUUUAAAGCUAAGCAUUGAAUCCAUUCUUUUGAUAGGUUGUGUUUUUCCAGUGUUUAAUUUAGUGUCUGUUAGAUUUGGAUUUCAGUAUUUUGAUAGAAAUUGAAAUUUGAGAGAGGAUGUUGCAUAAUUUGCAUGGAAAAUAAGAUGUGAACCUAGUUAUGGAAGUA